CCACCAACUUCAGUAAAACAUACCGACCAACCACCAAUAGCAGCUAUAACCAAGCACGAGGAAUUCUCCAGGAUUUAUUUUUAUAAGGAUAUAUUUCAUCUCAAAAGAAAACUAAGAAAACCCUGGACUAAUAUCAUCCGACACGUCCAAGAUGGAUAUGAGCUUAGAUGAUAUAAUACGGAGCAAGAAAAUUAGUGUGGCCCCGACAAAAAGAUUUCCGGUGAGAAAGCCCCCAUUGAGGAAAACCUUAAACAGACCGGCAUUUAAGGAGGCUGCUCGCAUUACAGAUGCUCGCGUCAAAAUCAUUCAGAAAAAUCGUGCCAAAAUUCGUGAUGCCAGAGAUAAAUUGGCCGAGAUCACACGUAACAAUGGUGAUGUGCGAAAAAAAUUAUCCCAAAAGCAGGAAUUAAUCGGUGCGAAACCCUAUAAGUCGAGUAGCUUUAAAUAUAGCCGUUUGGGUGAUGGCGGCCGAAUUGGUAACAAAAUAUCUAUCGAUGGUGGAGGUUUAAAGACACGAAAUUCCGGCUAUAAGUCAUUAUCCACAUCAUCACUACGGCGAAAUGACAUAUUGGAAAUACCAAGAGGCUAUGUUGAUUACGAUAAUAUGGAAAAAAUGGAAGAAGAGGAAUACGCUGCUGCCACAAGACUAAGCCGUACCGUGCGAAAUGACAUGGUCUAUGACAUGGCACCACCAGCUCCCAGACGUAUGGAUUCAUGGGGCUCGUCGGCUAACAAUGACCACUUUGAUCCCUUCGAUGUCUAUGAAGUUCCUCAUAAUUCGCGUCAUGAACGACGCAUGUCACCUGAUUUACCACCGCCACCAGCUAAGGGUAUACUGCGAUCAACAAUGCGUGAUCGUAGUCCAGAUCCAUUUCAGCGUCGCUAUGCCAAUGAACAUUCGUCACAUUUGUCAUAUGAAAUGCGUUCACGUUUAGAAAGGGCACCAGAUCCACAUGCUUCCAUGGGUAUUUUCUCGAAUCCCCUAAAUCCACCAUCGCCACCAAAUUCUGCAUCGUUUGGUGGGGGAAAAUCAUCGUCAUCUGGCUAUCGUAUAGUUGUUAGCAAUUUACAUCCUAGCGUAACGCAAUCGGAUAUAAAGGAGCUCUUUGAGGAUAUUGGCGAAUUGUACGAUUCGCGCAUAGUAAGACCUGGUGUAGCUGAAAUUAUAUACAAAUCACUGGCCAAUGCCGAAAAGGCCGUAGACACUUAUCACAAUCGUCAAUUAGAUGGUCAACCAAUGAAAUGUCUGUUGGUGAAUCCACGGGCAUCGAAUAAACCCACAGCACCUGCAAUAAGAACUUCAAGUUCCCACUCAUCGAACAAAACCCCCUUAGAAAUUGAUAUAGAUGCUUUGCAUAAAGUGCUAUUCCGACGUCAUUAGUCUUGUAUAUCUUGUAACAGAAAGAGAAAAUCAGAAAAAAUUCAAAACCGCAACAUUCAACAA